AUGAGAUUCCACCUGCGGGAAAGCGGACGGGUCUUGUUUUGUUUCGGCUUCCGGCUCAUUUUGGCUUCCUUUCUCAUACCUCCACAAUCCACAACACAACACAUCCGACACCUUUACGAUGUGCAAAGGCAGCCCGUAACACCUUCAUACGACCUACCGUUGACCAGUAUAGCCCGUCGCCGUGCCAUGCUGACGAGUUCCCCGUUUCUUCCGUCGCUAGGACAUGCUUGGCUCCAAGCUCACCCAUUGCGUAGCCAACCGAACGGACAGUCACGGCCGUCAUCACGCAUCCCUAUCUUUUGGUAUCCACCCCGAAGGAACAACACACCGGCGGUCCGUCCGGUGCCCGUCACCAAGUUUCGCCAUUUCGCCAUGCGUCAAAAGACCAGACUUUACACGCGCCACGAGGCCCAGCGGAACCAGGGCAUUGCCGUUCCCCGUUUCCUCGUGGACACCAGCAAGACGAUUGGGAGUGGGAGGGGGCCGGGAGGGGUAUCUUGCAGCGAGUGUGCAGCGGCUGGUCCCCCCCCGGCACAGCAAGGAUGGCCCGGAGCCGCGAGCAAACCGCUGGCCCCAGACACGCCCAAUCACGAUGGCUGUCUGUGUCGGUCGUCGUGGGAGUGGCAAGGUGAUGCCCGCUUCGCCAAUGCAGUUAAUCUGCUUGCUUUUUAA